AUGGCGGACGGACUGGCAAACGGCGGCACCCGCGCAGUGGUCGAUGUUUCUAUCGAUGGCAAAUCUGCGUCCAUAGGCUGCGACCACGAGUUCCUCUUUGUGGUCCGAGGCCAUCACAAGCAGCAAGCAGAUACGAUCGCGACCAAGGCGUACGUGCGAGUGCCAUUAGCUUUGGUGCUCAAUGCGUCCUUCGUCUCGGACUCGGACGGUGGCUCGCUCCUUGUACGCCUGCUAUCCCCGCCAGUACAUCCAAACGGGCACGAAGCUACCGGGCCAUUCUCGUUUUUCAAAAAGGAGAAGGCGCCGCCCAAGUGCAUGGAAUGCCUCCCACAGCAGACCUAUGAGGCGCUCACGCCGGCACAGCGCUCCGAACGACUUCGAGAACAGCUGGAAGGGCCCUGCUCGACCUUGCGUCUGGUCAAAAUCGAGGCUCGCGUCGUCCUUGCCGCCAAGAGUGGAGCUGAUAUAGAAGCAAAGACGCAGGCGUGGGUCGACGUGGUCAUGAGCAGAGCGUACAAGCACGUCAAGCCGUACAAGAGGAUCAAGGUGCUCGUCAAUCCGGCCGGAGGCCCCGGCAAAGGUCGUCAGCUGUUUGAGAGUCGUGCUCGACCCAUCCUCGAGGCAGCAGGCUGCAAGCUCGACGUGACCGUUACAACGCAUCGUAUGCACGGCGUUGAAAUCGCACGCGACCUCAAGGUUCAAAACCACGAUGCUGUGGCCAUCGUCAGCGGUGACGGUCUGUGGCACGAGGUGCUCAACGGCUUUGCCACGCGACCAGACGCAAGGCAGGCGCUGGCCCUGCCACUGGCGCCUAUCCCUGCUGGAAGCGGUAAUGCCAUCUCCAUCAACCUUCUCGGUGCACAACAUGGAUUCAGUCUGGCUCUCGCGUGCCUCAACAUCAUCAAGGGCCGUCCGAUGAAGCUCGACCUGCUGAGCGUCACGCAACCCGCUUCGGCGUUUCCCCCCGGCGUGCCCGUUCCAGGGAAACCGCCCACGAGCUCGCUCGGAAAGCGCGGCGGAGCGAGAGCCAAACGUCAAGGGGCGCUGGACGGUGACUUGAAUCAGAGCGGACGAGGAUCGGAAGACGUUGCUACACUGAUCGACGCGCCCUCCAAGCCAUUUGUACAAUACUACUCGUUCCUGUCCCAGGCGAUCGGUAUCCUUGCCGAUCUUGAUCUCGGCACCGAACAUCUCCGUGCACUCGGUGAUACACGUUUCGCUAUAGGCUACGCCACCUCGGUGAUACGCAACGCUAAGUGCGAGGUCGACGUCGACAUUAAGCUCGGAGCGCGGGGCACCAAAAGCAGGGCAGAGAUGCGACAACGGGUCGUUGACUUUUAUCGGGACACUCCUUCGGCGGCGGUGGACCAGGACGGAACGGUCGAGUCUGAUGGCCAAUCUUUUGGCUCCGCAUCGGUGUCGCAGUAUCUAUCUCACGGCGCUGUCACCGAGCCGCUCGCUUCAGAUGCCCGCUCGCCGCCGCCCUUUGAUAUGAGCGAUCCCUCGUGGCCGCACUCUUUGCUAUCUCAAACAAGCCAGACAAGACCAGCAAGACAGGUUACCGCGGCUCUCGCAGGUCCCCAAGGGGAAGAACCGAGCUCGAGCUCGAGCUGGAUGCGCAUCCAAGAGCCCAUCGCAAGUCUGUACGGUGGCAAGCUCCCGUACGUGAGCCGCGAUAUGAUGCAGUUCCCGUUUGCGCUUCCCAACGACGGCACCAUCGACGUGGCCAUGAUCCUGCACGCAGGAGGCAGAGCUGCCAAAGUACCAGAGAACGGAUACGCAGAAAGCGGUCAGAUCGUGUACCAAAAGGCCAUGACCUAUCUGAAGGUGGAGGCGAUUCGCGUGACGCCCAGACGCAGGGAGGGGGACAAGAAGCUCAAGAUGGGAGGACUGAUCAGCAUCGACGGCGAAAAGGUACCGUAUGCGCCUUUCCAGGUGGAAGUUGCGCACGGGUUGCAGUACUCGGCACUUUCGCUGUAUGGUCGAUUCUGUGUGUCCAUCGUAGAGCCACCAACGACAGCAUGA